GUAGUGACGGAGUGGGGGGAUGGGGUGUAACGGGAGAGACGUGGGACGGGACACGACACGACGGUGCUGUGCCGACAGGUGUCCCAGAGCCGCCGCCCUGUGCGCUCCGACGGCGGAGAUGGAAGACGCCGCCUCGCUCCCUCCAUCCUGGUUCCUAUACCCGUCAUCAUCCCCAUCCCCGUACCCACCCUCUCCCGCCCCACAGCCGACCCCGUCCCUGCGCUGGGACGCGCAGCUGCUGCUGCUGUUCGUGCUGCUGGGGCUGCCGGCCAACGCGGCGGUGCUUUGGCUGACGGGUCGGCGGCUGCGCUGCCGCGGUCUGGCCGCCUUCAUCUUCAACGUGGCGGCCGCCGACUUCCUCCUGCUGGCCAACGGCACGCUGCAGGUGUGGACGGCGGCUCACGGGCACCGCUGGCCUCUGGGCACCGCGCCGUGCCGCCUGCACCGCUUCCUGCUGGACCUGGCGUACUACGCCGGGCUGCUGCUCCUGGCCGCCGUCAGCCUGGACCGCUGCGCGAUGCUGCUGGCUCCGCUGUGGUACCGCUGCCGGCGCCCGGCCCGGUGGCCGUCGGGGCUGUGCGGGGCGGCCUGGCUGGCGGCGGCGGCGUGCAGCGCUCCCAACGCGGCGCUGGCGCAGGCGUGGCCGGUGCUCCCGGGGCUGGUGGUGUGCCGCAGGGAGCGCGGGGCGUGGGAGAGCGCCGUGGGCUGGAUGGAGGCGGCCGUGGAGGGGCUGCUGCUGCCCGCCGCCGUGCUGCUGCUGUGCCACGCCGUGCCCGCGGCGGUGGCGGCGGCGCGGCGGAGGCGGCUGGGGGGCGGGGGGCCGCCCGCGGGGUUCCGGCGGCUGGUGGCGGCCACGCUGGGCGCGUACCUGGCGGUCAACCUGCCCUUCCAGCUGGUGCGGCUGCUCGGCCGGGCCUUCCCACAGCACGGAGCCCGCUGGCUGUACGCGCUGGGACUGGCCUUCCACGCCGGCAGCUGCAUCAACCCCUACCUCUACCUGCUGCUGGGCACCAGCAUGGGGCACCGCGCAGCCAGAGCUGCCAGCGCCAUGUGGCCGUGCUGCCGGGCACACCGGGACAGAGCACGGGACGGCACCCCAAUGACCGCGGCGGUGCAGGGGCACACGGACACACCGGGACACACGGACACACCGGGACACACGGACACACCGGGACACACGGACAGACAGGGAUACACGGACAGACCGGGGCACACGGACACACCGGGGCACACGGACACACCGGGACACACGGACACACCGGGGCACACGGACAGACAGGGACACACGGACACACCGGGACACACGGACAGACAGGGACACACGGACACACCGGGACACACGGACACACCGGGGCACACAGACACACCGGGGCCGCCCGACGCCGCCGGCACACUGGACGCCACGCGCGGCCCCGAGCUGCUGUGA